AUGGUGCACGCGAACGCGCGAGGGGCGAUGCACGAGGCGGUCGUGCGCGCGGUGCACGGGUUCAAGGGAGGGAUGGCGGCGGCGGCGGCGGCGGGGCGAGACGCGGCGGCGCGCGCGGCGAAGGGGCUCGCGCGCGAUGAGGACGUGAUGAGCGUGAAAGAGGUCGUGGCUUACUUGAAUAUGGUGAUGUUUCCGAGGCAGAGCGAGGAGGAUGUGUUUUGCGCGCGUCCGGGGUUUGUGAUGAUGUACGAUUUGACGCCGUUGAAGCGCGCGGCGCCGACGACGAAGAAGCCGCCGGCGAGCAAGUUUGAGGGAGAUAAUGGUCGCGUGAAAGUUGAUCGAGGGCCUUCGGCAUCCGCGAGUGGGGCGUCGACGGACGGUGGGGAUCGGAGUGCGGCGCCGGCGCCGUCUGGGGCGGUGACGGCGCCGCGCGCCACGGCGACGAGCGGCGCCACGAUUUCGCCGCACAUGGAAAAGCUCGAGUUGGCGCUUCAGGAGACGAUGGAUAGCGCUUUGCUCGCAGAAGAAGCGCAGUCAAAACUAGAAGCACUGUUGGCGAAAGAACAGAAGUUACAGAGCGAGUUGGCCGCGACAAAGGUUCCACAGGUAAAGCUCGACUUUUCUGACAUGCCGAGCUUCGAACUGGACGCUGAGGCGAGGGAAUACAAGGGAGAUCCCGACGACAGACGAGAAAUUUUAGCGCAUAGGAAGCGAAUUGAGAAGGAAAGCGACCGUUUGGCGGUCGCCAAAGAAAAAUGGAUCGCGGGUAGAAGGAAGGAGGCGAAGCAGGCGGCGAAAGUACAAGCGAAUGCGACGAGGAACGUGAAGCUGAGUGCUCUCAGAGGAGAAAUCGCGCAGGCGAAAAAGGCAGUGCAGCAAACAUUUUCCGUGGCGACUUCUCACGCGAAAAAGUUAGAGCGCCUUCGUUCGAGAGCAACUGCAGCACAGCAGCAUGAAGCCGAGCUGGCGAGCAGAAAGAGAGAAGCUGAAGCCUACCGUGCGCAGCAGCAGCAGGAACGAGCGGCGAAAAAGUCAAAGAUUCAGCUCGAACGCGAAGCUCAGAAGUUACAAGACGCCGAACGCAAACUCAAAGAGGCGGAGCAGCGAGCCAAAGUGAGAGCAGAGGCGGCUCGCUACCCUAUGGAUGAUAACGAGCUCGUCGCAUACGACGCGGCGCAAGCGAAAGAACAAAAUCGCGACCCUUGGCCCGCCGUCGCGAACGGGACGGCGUGGAAGCCAUCCGCGGUAGAUGUCUCGCAGAUGCAAAUUUGCGAAUUCUUUAGCACAUUUGGACGUAUUCUAAAACCGAGCGUGGACGAAUUCGGGGUAGAGUACCUGAACACUAUUCUGGAUGAUUCCGACUUGACAAAACUUUCGAAGUUGUACGUAUCCUUGCUUCGAGUGGCCGUGACGACGACGACGUACGGAAUCGAGGCCCUCGUGAAGACGUGGUCGGACGCUUUGGAGUUUAGUGGUACUUUCCCUGAAAUCAUGAAGCAAUUUGCCAAGGAAAAGAGCCGGGUUGGACAGAUCGAUGCCGUUACGCUGAGUACGAUUAACGCGCUCACAGAGAAGCGAAUAGGCAUGUUCACGCCUGAGGAGCACACGCGCGUGCUCGAUUGGUUGUGUGGUGAAUGUUUUGAGGCGCCGGAAGUCAACAAAGAAGUCAAUCGACGCGUAAAGGCGCUUGAAGAUUUGUCGAAGGAAAAAGAGAGUGAUAAGGCGAUCGAAAAUGCAUUCGAGAAAGAGUACAAGAAACUUGCGCCACAAUUACGCGAUGCGAACGCGCUCGUCAAAAAUGCAUCCGACGAGCUCAUCCAAAAAGUUCAGGCUCACGAAGCUUUGAUAACUCUACCGCAGUCUGACGUCGAAGUGCCAACCGAGUUGCAAUCUGAUGUUCGCGCAUUCCUUGAGGCGCGAUCGCUUCUCAAAGAGACGGAGGCGAAAAAGAAUGAAAUAGCGGCCCAGGCUGCUAAACGUCGUCGACAGUUUCAAGAAGAACGCAUUCGAUCGAAUUGUUUGGGUCAAGACCGCAACGGCACGAAGUAUUACUGGAAUCUAUCGUAUAGCUCGGGCGCAUUGCUUGCUAUCCAUGUCGAUGGUACCUGGUCAAAACUUACUACAGAGCAGCAGCUACGUGAAUGGAGCAAAUCCUUGAACACAAAAGGUAUUCGUGAGCAUCGACUACACAAGAACGUAGCUGAGAUUCGCGCCGAACUCGUCGCCGCGUUUAGGCAGGCUGAAUUGGAAGCCAUGAACGCCUUCCCAAAGUCGAGUCAGCGAACGAAAGUUGAGAGAUGGAACGAAAUCGCUGCGCGAGAGACACUUUCGAUGGAAGGUGCGAAGAGGAUCAUCCAACUGUUAAUGGCUGAUGUGGUAAAUUGCGAGGUAUCCGCGCCCGACGGCACCAUGUCUGGAUGGAGAAUCUGGGGCAGAGAGUUGGAGAAAACCACAGAGCUUACUGAGAUGAUACGAUACUUGAUGCAAAUCGAGGAGGCAAUGGUCGAAAUGUGCGAUCUCCCUAGAGACGUUACCGCGAAGGAUGCGAACGGUUCGGCGAUCAACGCAUCGAACGAGCGUCUCAUGGCGAGCCACGAGUGGUGGGAGCUUAUCAUUCCGUCGGAUGAGAAGAAGGCGGGAAAACGGCUGUGGCGCACAAAUCAAGAGCGCGCCAUCUGGCAAGAGGCCAUGUCCACAUCUGACACGUAUGCACGCAUUGCUUACGGCGCCGCAAUGCUGGAAUCGUAUUCUAGACCACUUUUUGAAUUUCUCGAGAACAUCAAGAAGAGAGCGAAACGCGAAUCCAGUCGAUUCGCCGAUUACACAUCAUACGACGAUGGCUAUGAUUCUUACGGACAACGCACGUAA